UGGAUCGUGGUGGUGGUGGUGGGGUGAGGAUGGGCGAUUGGGAUACCUGCCUGUUAAGGCUGUACGGGGGAUCUUUGUCUCAGGCUAGCAGCUGCAGGAGGCACAGUCCCGAAACGUCACAGACACCGCCGUGGCUGAUCGAGGACGAGGUGGUCAGGCAUCGACGAUGAGAAAGCGGCCAGCAGGCCAGUGACGUCACCACAGCGUCUGUGCCAGGCUAGGUGCAUUGUGAGACCUCGUGAAGUGACAGGAGGAAGCAGCGAGCGAAGGCUCCAGAGGACGACGAGGACGACGCCGAGGUGGAGUUGGUGGUGGACUAGAAGAGAGACAACGUGAGGGGGGAGGAGGAGGAGCAGCGAUGGAGGGGACCGUGCGCUUGGACGUUCACGUCGGGGCUCGCGGGACGGCCCUCACCGUGGGCCUGGGCUGCCCGUGGAGGGACGUGGGCGCCAUGAUCCUCGCGUCUUUUGGACUGGCGAGCGCGCACUACACUUACCUGGACGAGGACAACGAGGAGGUGUCCAUCGACACUGAAGAGGAAUACGGCGAAGCGCUCAAGGUGGCAUGUGCUGAUGGCUAUGUUCUGCACAUCACCGUCCACAACGAGGAAUCAAGUUCAGGGACGGAUGACUCCAGCAGCGGCAACGUCAGCGUCAGCAGCAGCAGCACCACAACAACCACAAGUGUGCAGGAGCCUGCAGCCGUCUUCAUAUCGCAGCAGCAGCAGCAGCAACAGCAGCAGCAUUAUGAUGAACACCGCCACCGCCACCACCACCACCACCACGAAAAGCACCACCACCACCACCAACCUCAUCACCACCACCAUCACCACAAGCAUCACCAGCAGCAGCUUGAGCAGCAGCUUCAGCAGCACCUUCAACAGCACCAGCAGCAGAUUCAGCAGCACCAGCAGCAGAUUCAGCAGCACCAGCAGCAGGUGCUGCAGUUCCAGCAGCAGGCUCAACAACAGCAGCAGCAGGCGGUGGUGCAGCAAGUGCAGGUGCAGCAAGUUGAGGAGCAGCACCAGCAGCAGGUGCUGCAGUUCCAGCAGCAGGUUCAACAGCAGCAGCAGGCGGUGGUGCAGCAAUUUCAGGAGCAGCACCAGCAGCAGGUGCUGCAGUUCCAGCAGCAGGCUCAACCGCAGCAGCAGGCGGUGGUGCAGCAAGUUGAGGAGCAACAACAGCAGCAGCAGCAGCAGAAGAAUCAGGUGGACGAGACUCCGCUGGUGGUGACCCAGCGCCCGGACGUUGAUGGCGGCGGCAGCAGCAGCAGCGGCGGCGAUGAUCCUGGUGACGUUGACGGUGAUGGUGCCGCCACCGGUGGCGGUGGGGAUGGUUUCCCGGUACCGCCCGGCACACCGCCUCCGUGGUUCCAGGAGUACAUGGAGAAGUUCCGAGAGAAAGUGGUGAUGGACGUGACGGUCCGCGUGACCAAGGAGGUGCGGAAGAGCCUGGCUCGCGAGCUCGCCGGAGGCGUGCCGCCCAAGGGACACCCCCCCGGCAACGGGGCGGCCAAGGGACACCCCCCCGGCAACGGGGCGGCCCCCCCAGAUCCUCGGGCUCGCGACUCGGACGAGCCGGACAACGGAGCUGGCGCCCGGGACGCCAAGCAGCGCCUGCGCGCCGAGAAGGAGCUCCUGCGCCUGGAGAAGCAGCGCCUGCGCGCCGAGAAGAAGCAGCGCAAGGCCGAGUUCCGCGAGAUCAAGCGCCAGCUGAGCAUGCAACGCUACGGCCGCGCCUGGGCCGGGGUCGCGGUCGCGGCCGGCGCCCCGGCGGGGGUGGGCGCUGCAGGCGGUGCAAAGAAGAAGCGGGAGGAGGAGCAGGAGGAGAAGGAGGAGAAUUUCGAGGAGGCGGCGGCGGCGGCGGCUGCUCAGCUGGUUGCGCCCUCUCACAUCCCGGCGCUGGCGUGCGUCAACGCCGUGUUCGUGGAGGAGAAUCUGCCCGACGGCACCCACGUGCAGCCCGAGAUGCGCUUCAUCAAGCACUGGCGCAUGUGCAACACGGGCAACAUGGCCUGGGACUCGCGCACCACGCUGCAGCUGCUGUGGGGAAACCUCUGCGUGGCGGUGAGCACGGGACGCGAGGUGAGCGUGCCCUUCCUGGCGCCGGGCAGCACUGGCACGCUCUCCGUGGAGUUUGUGGCCCCCGCGGCCGAGGGCACCUACACGUCGCACUGGCGGCUGGCGCACGAGGGCCGCCCCUUCGGACCCCGCGUGUGGGUCACCGUGGUGGUGGCCGACCCGCCCAUGGGCCCCGAGGCCCACAGCUCCCCGACGCACUCCUCUACAGCGACGUGCGCAACACUCGCAAGGAUCUGUCGUUCGAGCUGCUGCUGCCGGUGGAGGAGCAGAAGGUUCCAAGCAACACGCCGCAACGCCUCGUAG